CAAUCCACCAGCUGGUUGUGAGUGAGAAGUCGCCAAAACAUGAGCUAGGAGAGGCUUCUCAAGACGGUUCUGCCUUCUCAGAAAUCUUUAUUCCUUUUUUGUUGAGGAGCUAGGUGUUUGCCAUUUAAAAUUUUCUUGUUUUGUUUAAAGGGAAACCAGUGAGUUGAAAAUGAGACUAAAUAUCGCCAUCUUCUUUGGGGCUCUCUUUGGUGCUUUAGGGGUUUUACUCUUUUUGGUGGCGUUUGGAUCGGACUACUGGCUUCUUGUGACGGAAGUGGGGAAAUGUUCAGGUGAACAGAAUGUAGAGAAUGUGACUUUCCACCACGAGGGGUUCUUCUGGAGGUGCUGGUUCAGCGGGGCCGCGGGGGAAAACCAGCCCGACCUCUGGAAGUUCUGGUACGGCAAUCAGCCGGCAUCCAAGACCUGCACACAUGCUUACCUGUCGCCAUACCCCUUCAUGAGAGGCACGCACAAUGCCACCGCCUAUGACUCUGCAGUCAUUUACCGUGGUUUCUGGGCUGUCCUCAUGCUCCUGGGCAUAGUUGCUGUCGUGACCGCAAGUUUCCUCAUCAUCUGUGCAGCCCCCUUCGCCAGCCACGUUCUCUACAAGGUCGGCGGGAGCUCCUAUAUCGCUGCAGGCUUUCUGUUUUCCCUGGUGGUGGUCCUGUACGUCAUCUGGGUCCAGGCGGUGGCUGACAUGGAAAGCUACACCAACGCGAAAGCAGAAGACUGCCUGGAUUUCACACCUUCUGUGCUGUACGGCUGGUCGUUCUUCCUGGCCCCGGCAGGCGUGUUCUUUUCUCUGCUCUCUGGGUUACUGUUCCUUGUCGUUGGGCGGCAUAUUCAGCUACACCACUAACCACACUGUUGUCAUUGAAGUUUUCUUGAGAAGUUUGAAAACAGCAUAUUUUAUUUGUAUUUGCUCCCAUGAAUCUAGCAGAGAAGUAGUUGAUGUAACUUCUUAGUUGCUAUUUCAAUUAGCCAUUUCACUUGUGAUUUUCUCUAAUAAGAAGGUUCUGGAAUCUCUGCAGAUACCAGCAUGUUUUCAUCUUUUAAGUGCCACCCAGAACCUGGUUCUUCAGGAAGCAGGUGACAAGGCCUCCUUCAUGGCACUUGCCAGACUUCAUGAGGGCUGCAGACAUUAAAGGCAGAAUAACAGCAUAAUACCAUGUGCUGGGGCAAUUAAGAUUUGAUUCAAAGCUUCCUUCGUGGCAUUCACUUCUGUUGCUACUUAAAAAAAAUUUUUUUUUGGAAAGUAGUUAAGAAGGGGAAACAAGUAUCAGAUAAUUUACUCCAUUUUCCCCCCACACACAUGGAUAUAGAACUUAGACAUAUCUAAGUUCACUGACUCCUUUAAGCAAAUUAUUCAUUAUUUAAAUUAUUCAUUAUUUAGAUAGCAGUUAUUCUUGUAGUAGGAGCCGCACAAACGUAUCAGUUAAAAUUGGCCACACAAAAAGAAGAAUGUCCACGUUCCUAUCAGCAGUUGUUUGGAUACAUGACUUUAGAGUUUAACUGUGCAUGCUUACAUAAUCUUGAUCUAUAUUUAAAAGUUGUAGCAAAUCUGUACACCAAAAUACAUAUAUCGAUAAUAUAGAUUGGAUUUUUAGAAUUUAAAAUGGGUUAAUUGUAUAUUUAAUACGAUUGAAAAUACAAAGCCCAAGAACCUUAGCUUACUACAUAAUUCUUUUUGAUAUUUAAAAACUUCCAUUUAAGAUUAUAUUGCUAAUAUGUUCAUCUUAUGAAAAUUUAUUGAUGAAAUGUGCUUUUAAUAUGCACAAAAUACUUCUAUAUGAGGAUAAUAGAUUUACUUUAUUAAAGACUAUGAAGCUUUAACUUUU